GGUACUUACUGUAGGUAGGCAGACAGGUUCAUCUACAUAACUCGGACUAUCUACUAUAUGUAAAGACCCAGCCUAGACACUGACCAAACCCGGCAACCUCGAUGGCAUUUAAGAACGUUCUGGGUCAAUUUCGACAUAACCAUCCACUCAGAAGCCAGCAUUCAUUUUACCAUUUCCAUCAAUUCCAUGUCAUGCAUGGCCAUUUUACUUGGGCAGGUUCAAAUGUUACUUAGGGCACUUGCGCUAGGUCACUUCAAACACGAGGCCCACAUGCACACUGGUUACUCUAGGCCGCUCUCUUUUCUUCUCCCUCUAUAUUCUAUUUUUUUCUCUACUAGGUAUUCUUUAGUAACUCCACUCCCCGAUCCACUUCCCACUUCCCACUUCCCCACCGCCCGGAGGAGACCGCGGGAGACUUGCUUGUACCCAUCAUCCCCAUUCCAUUCCAUGCAAACUAGCGGUGCGCCGCUCGUGGUUCGUGGCUCUUGCAGCUCUUGGUUCUCAGUUCUUUGGUUCAUGGCUCAUUUUAUCUGUGGCAUCUCUCGUCACGGGGCUAAAAAGUAGCUAGGGUGGGUUUAUACUGCUUCUAGAUCGGAGCCAACUAGCCGACCUACCAACAUAAUGUUCUCCUGUUCUUACAAUCGCUACCGCUCUGAUUGCUCUCCUUUACUGCUCCUCUUCUUUAAUCCGUAACCUUCGGGAAUUCCGGUU